CCGCCUCAACUUCCUGUCCUCACACCAAGUACAAAGAUAAUAAUAACACAUACAUAGAGUCACUUUGAGAGCUGGAGAGACUGUGGUAGAUACUGUACAUCUGCAGUUACAGCAAAAACAAUUCAAGCUACAUUAUGGCAAGAGUGCAUUUAAGAAAGAGAACAGAACCGGAGAUGAAUGAGGAUCUGUAUGCAAACGCAGCAGACAAGAGAUUAACUGAUUCAAACAACAGCAGGAGCUCUUAUGAAGAAAUCUAUGCCAAUGAAGCUGUUCUGGACACUCCAGUGACCAGAAGCCAUAAAGGAACUAUGACCUCAGGAGUGAAUGCUGCAGAGAGCACAUUCUACAGACUGGCUGCAGUGUGUCUGGGGCUGCUGUGUGUUCUCCUGCUGACUGCCAUACCAGUGCUGUUGUUCACAUUUAUCACAGAGACAGACCGGUUACAGACCAGUUACGCCAACCUGACCACGGAGUGUGAACAGUUACAGACCAGUAACAACAUCUUGAUUACAAAAAGAGACCAGUUACAGACCAUUUAUAACAAACUGACUAAAGAGAAUCAUGUGCUUCUGAAGAGCCUUUCACAUUUGGGUUCUGGAGAAGUGGGGAACCCAACAGUGAAAUAGGAGAAGAUGAUUGUGUCAUAACUGGCUCUGGGUCUGAUCCUGUAGAGAACUGGGCUGGUUAUCCUCUUAUGGACACGUUUGCUUUGAUCUAGAACAGAACCGGAGAUGAGUGAGGAUAUAUAUGCCAAUACAGGAACAACAGAAGACAACAGAUCGACUGAUUCAAACGAAAGCAGGGAUUCUUCUGAUGAUGUCUACAUGUGUGAAGAUGUCCUGGAGACUAAUGUGACCAGAAGCCAUAAAGGAACUAUGACCUCAGAAAAAAGCUCUGCGGGAAGCAGAUGCUGGAGACUGACUGCAGUGUGUCUGGGGCUGCUGUGUGUUCUCCUGCUGGCUGCUAUCGCACUACUGGGGGUCCAAUUAAUCAGUUACAACAACAUGACUAUAGAGAGAGACCAGUUACUGACCAGUUACACCAACCUGACUACAGAGAGAGACCAGUUACAGACCAGUUACACUAAAGUGACUAUAGAGAGAGACCAGUUACAGACCAGUUACACUAAAGUGACUAUAGAGAGAGACCAGUUACAGACAGAAAGGGAUGGAUUCCAAAGCAGGCUUUCUAAACUGGAGAGGGACAUUAACCAACCAGGAUGGAUCUACUUCAGUUCCAGUGUUUACUACAUCUCUACUGAGGAGAAGAGCUGGAGGGAGAGCAGACAGUUCUGCAUAGAGAGAGGAGCAGACCUGCUGAUCAUAAACAGCAGAGAAGAACAGGACUUUACUGAAAUGUUGAGAAGAGGUCAGACAGCUUGGAUUGGUCUGACUGACAGUGAGAAGGAGGGGGUCUGGAAAUGGGUGGACGGCUCAGCACUGACCACUGGGUUCUGGAAAUAUGGGGAGCCCAACAGUUAUGGAGAUGAAGACUGCACUCUAACUGGCUAUGGGUCUAGUCCUGAAAAGAGCUGGGCUGAUUUUCCCUGCAAUUCUAAGUCUGUUUGGAUUUGUGAGAGAAGAAUAUUUAGCUAAAUCACUGCAUGUGUGUAUGGAUUGUACAUAUUGUUUUGUCAUGGUCGAAUAGACAGGGGUAGGAUGGGAUAGAGAUAGUGAGAGGUCAGUCUUGGGGUAGUAAUCCAUUACUAAUUACUUCACCCAAACUGAAAUGGGAUUACUUUACGUAUUAUUUCCUGGAAAAAAGUGAUCUCACUGCUCAUAACUUCACCUCUAAACAAUUAUCCUGGUUGCCUCAGAAAGUACAUGGAAAACAACUACUUUGGGGUCAAUUUUUUGGGGUGGGCUGUUUUUUCAGUCAGUUGGUUAAUGCAGAAGAAAGGCAGAUGCUAACAUUACUAAUAGGAAGUAAAAUAUCUUAUUGCAGCCAUAUAACUGCAGUAACUGCCUUUAAAUCAUCAUUAUUUAUUGUUGUUGUAUUUAUAUGGUUGUAUUUAUUUACUUGCAGAUCCGGCAGCCUAGAAGUCAGGACAGAUUGAGCAACACAGUGAUUCCCAAUGGUUGUAUGGUGUAUAUGUAUAAUGCAGGCUGGGUAUUGUAGUGAGAGGACACUGAUGAACAAAAACAUGAAAACAAAUAGUGAAUUCUGCCAAACCAGUCAGGCGCAUUGGGUAGCGCUGUCGCCUCACAGCAAGAAGGGCCUGAGUUUGAUUUCCGGCCGGGUGACCAGGGUCGUUUCUGUGUGGA